AAUUGAAUGGGUAAUCAAUAGCAAAUAUUGAAAUUGACUAAGACUAAAUAGUUUAAGCGUAAACUAGUGUAUUUAUGGUAUAGCAAACUCUGUGAUCGUGAUUACUGGAGCAUCAAGUGGAAUUGGACGUGAAUUGGCCCUACAAUAUGCAACAAGAGGAGUCAAGUAUAAAUAUGGUUAAUUGGAUUAGAUUGAUGUUGGCUGCAAGAUCAGAGGAGGAAUUGAAGGAAGUUUGUGCAUUAUGCGAAUAACUGGGAUCGAGAGCUCAUUAUCAGAUCACAGAUGUAUCUAAAGAAGAGGACUGCAAGUAUUGAAUGAUUUAAGAUUGAGAGAUAGUUGAUAGAGGAGACAGUGAGAAUAUUCAAUAGAAUCGAUAUUUUGGUGUUGAAUGCUGGAGUCAAUGCACAUUCAUUUUUUGAGGAAUUCAAAGAUUUAUCAGUUUUUAAGAAGAUAAUGGAUAUCAAUUUUUAUGGAUACGUGUAUUGUACUAAGUAAGUGCAAUUGAGAUUCAUGUAGAUAUGCUUUACCACACAUAAGAAGGAGUUCAGGCCAGUUUGUUGUAAUGUCUUCCAUCUCAGGAGAGAUUGGACUACCUUACAGAGUACCAUAUUGCAGUUCAAAGUUUGCUGUUACAGGGUUCUUUGAAGCACUUAGAACAGAAUUGGAAGAUUUCAAUGUCGCCAUAACAAUAGUGUGUCCUCCAAGUGUUCGGACUCCAAUGAGGGAUCAUGAUUUAUUAAAGAAGCAUUCGCCUAAGGAUGAGAGCGAGGAUAGAAUUACGAUAUCAGAGUGUGUGUCUAUGAUUUUAGAUGCAGCAGACAGGAGGGCUCGGAAAGUACAUAUAUUUUUAUUCUGAUUAGAUCUUCUUUCCGUUUAAAGCGUAUUUGAGUGUUUAUGUGAGACCUAUCUUUCCUGAUUUUGUGGAUAAGAGAUUAAAAUAGAAGGCUAAGUUGUGAG